GCAUAAUAUUCUACUUUUCCUUGCCUACAAGGGGAAGGAAAAAAAGAAGAGAAAGAAAAAGCGGUAGGAGUAUGGAACACCAGGAACCAACAUCACAGGGAAGGAGGAAAUUCAUAGGAUUGGGUUUUUUGAUGUUUCUACAGAUUGUGAUGGGUGUUAUGCCAAUUUCUGCUGAUAUAGUAUGCGGAAAGCAAGGUUUUCUGAACCGGAUCGUAGGAGGGAAAGACUCCCAAGAAGGAGAAUGGCCUUGGCAGGUCAGCAUCAAGCUGAAUGGGGAGCACCACUGUGGUGGGUCCCUUGUCACAGAUCAAUGGAUCAUCACUGCUUCACAUUGCUUUAAACUGUUCAGCAAAACAUCCAAUUUCACAGUCCUGCUUGGAGCUCGGAGGCUCUCAAAUCCAGGUCCUUAUUCUGUCACAGCUGCUGUGAAACGCAUUGUCCUCAAUCCUAACUAUGAUGCAGGGGGGAUGAGAAGUGGAGACAUUGCACUUGUACAACUGAAGGACCCCAUAACAUUCUCCAAACGAAUCACCCCCAUAUGUGUUCCUGGUGCUAAUGUCUACUUUCCCCCUGGACUUAAAUGCUGGGUCACUGGCUGGGGGGAUGUGCAAAGCAGAGAAAGGUAUGCAACCUCAGAUAUACUUCAAAAGUUGGAAGUUCCCAUAAUCAGCACAAACAACUGCAACGCCCUUUACCACCAGGACUCUGGAGAACCCAAGGGCACAAAGGAAAUUAAGACAGAUAUGCUAUGCGCUGGAUUUGCUGCUGGACGACAAGAUGCCUGCCAGGGUGAUUCAGGUGGCCCAUUGGCCUGCUGGAUGAAAGGCUCCUGGCUCCUUGCUGGUGUGGUGAGUUGGGGAGACGGGUGUGCACAGAAGAACCGUCCUGGCGUGUAUGCCCGUGUUACAUCCUAUCAGCAGUGGAUCCACAGUAUAAUACCGGAGCUGACAUUUACCAGUACUAAAAGCUAUGGGCCAACUGUGAAUAACAAAAGCACCACCAACAAUGCAUUUGCUGGCAGUUCUUCCCUCACCUUGACCAUUGCAGCUGUUUUUGUCUUGCUGCUUUCUUAAAUGUUUAUGAAGAAGGCCGCCUAUUCUUCUCAGGAAGAUCUUUAUGCUAAUCCUACUUGGAAGAAAAUCAUCAGAAAUGAAGGAGGGAAGUGGUUCUGCUACUUAACAGUUGAAAUACAUUCACAGAAACAUGCUUUCCUUAGUACUGAAACACAAAUUUAAAAAU